CAGUACAUAUUAUUUUAAACAAUUUCUCAUUAUUACCUAAUAUACCCUCAUAUUCUGUACAACAACACUGCUUCGGCGGACGGGAAACUCCCAGCGAAAAUUACCCUCCAAAACAAACGGACAAGCAGACCCAAACGACGUCGUGUACCAAUUUCUUAUAAAAUUUCAUAUCGGCAGAAGAAAGCCAUCAGAGAGAGAGAAGAAGAAGAAGAAGAGCGAGUGUGUUCGUCUGCUUCGAUCUCUCUUUCUCUUUCUGAAUCUUUGAUUUUUUUUCUGAAAUUAUGUUAUAAAGGCUCUAUCAAGGGGCAAAAGCUGUUGAUAGCAUAAACAAGAAGAGGAAUUCAUUCAGUUUAGCUCAUGGCCUAAUGGGGUUUCUAUAAAAGAAUGAUUCAAUCUGGACAGUUUUAGCAUUUGAAUAAACUUGUACAAUUAUUGUAUUUGAGAUGUGGGGUUUUGCUUCAAAUGCCAUUUCAAGUAUUGGACUGAAGAAAAGCUUGAUCCUUUCGAGUCAAGCUUGUUCAGAGUGUUCAGAUGACGAUGUCUGCUCAAAUAGUAGCAGAGAAGAAGGACUAGAGUGUCCAAUAUGCUGGGAAUCUUUCAACAUUGUUGAGAAUGUACCCUAUGUCUUAUGGUGCGGCCAUACUCUGUGCAAACAUUGUGUUUUAGGGCUUCAAUGGGCAGUCAUUAAAUUCCCCACUCAACAAUUUAAGGUUCCCCUUUUCAUUUCCUGCCCUUGGUGCCACCUGCUCUCGUUAAGGUUGAUUUAUAAGGGAAAUUUAAAGUUUCCUCGCAAGAACUUCUUCCUUUUAUGGAUGGUUGAGAGCUUGAAUGGUGAUAGGGUUAAGUUUGGAUCAUCCUUUCCUGGGGAAAAUCAACAGGUUUUGUCUUACAACGGUAGUCAAUCCCCGAAAAAUCCAGCUCACAAUGUUAACCUCAUGAGUACCUCAUUUUCUAGUUGUUGUGGACUUACAAGAUAUAAUGAUAAUGAUGGUAGCAGCCAUGCUGAUAGGAACUAUUCUUCUCUUCAUAAAUCUAUUGAUUUCUUUAUUCACUUUACAUCCAAGUUUUCAUUAGUCAUCAUAUUUCUCUUGAUAGUAUUCUUUGUCAUACCUGGGAGUGCUGUCAUCUUGGCCAUUUACUUUGUACUCACUGUUCUUUUUGCAAUCCCAUCUUUCUUGGUAUUGUACUUUGCUUACCCCACUAUACAGAGGCUGGUAAGAGAAAUAACUUCACGAGACAUCAUUGGAUAGUCACUUCAGAAACCAUCUGACUUGUGCCUUCUGUUUCAAAUCCUCACUGCAUUGAUAUAUUGAUCAUAACAAAUCCACAUAUCAACGUAAUGAUGUUUGGAAGCUUCUGAUCCUGUUACGUGGUUCAUCAUGUAGAGGAAGUAGUAGUGACUUACUGAUGUAUCUAUCAUUGCUUGUGGGAACCUCAUGUACAAAUUUGAGUGGGCACAAGAUACUGCUCAAGUGCUUUUGGUCAUGAUGCUGAAAUGUUAUUAAUGUUGCAUAAAAUGUUUAGAAGAGCUUAAUAAUUAUGAUAAAAUAUGUUGAUUUUUACUUAUUAGUAGUCAAGGUGAUUUGUGACACUUGGCGCUUUGAAUUUCAGUUCCCCUUCUUUAA